AUAUUAUCGUUGCAUGCGUGCUGUAACCGCUGAGUACAAUUUUAUAAUAACUUGACAACCACUAAAUUCUUGUUUUAGUUGCGUGAGUGGUUUUGGCGGGGAAUCAUUCAGUUAGUUUUACAUUAAAUUAAAUAAUAUUUUGACCGUCAAUAAGGUACAAUGGAUGUUAUAAAGAAGAAUUGGUUUUCCGAGUCGUGUGAAAUGUGGCCAGGGAGCACCUUCUCAUUUGAGGUUAAGAAGUUGCUUCACAAGGAACGGUCUCCAUUUCAAGAGAUACAGGUGUUUGAUUCAACCAGCCUCGGAAGAGUGCUUGUACUAGAUGGUAUUAUACAAUGUACACAGAAAGAUGAAUAUUCAUACCAGGAAAUGAUAUCGUUCCUACCGUUGUGCUGUCAUAGAAAUCCAGAAAAAGUGUUGAUAGUUGGUGGAGGGGAUGGCGGAGUUGCCAGGGAUGUUGCAAAGCAUCCAAAUGUUAAAGAAAUUGUACAAGUCGAAAUAGACGCUAAGGUGAUAGAGGUUUCGAAGAAGUACCUGCCCUUCAUGGCUGUAGGUUUCGACAGCAAAAAAUUGACAUUGCACGUUGGUGAUGGAUUUGAAUUCAUGAAGAAUCAUAGUCAUGAAUUCGACGUCAUUAUAACGGAUAGCAGCGACCCCAUCGGGCCCGCCGUCAGUCUUUUCCAAGAAAAUUACUUCUCGCUGAUGAAGAGCGCCCUCAAACCCAACGGCAUCGUCUGCUCACAAGCUGGCACAUACUGGGACAAUAUGGAUUUGGUGAAAAAUACAUUAAAUAUCUGCAAAAAUCAAUUCCCCUCCGCCGCAUACGCAAUAACAUCGGUGCCAACGUACCCGUCCGGGUCGAUCGGCUUCGUUAUUGGUUCAUUGGAGGAAAACGUCAAAUUUGACAAUCCGGUUAGAGAGUUUACGCGCGAACAAUUGAAUGACAUGGACCUGAAGUAUUACAACACUGACAUCCAUAAAGCCGCAUUUGCAUUACCCAAUUUCGUCAAAAACGUAAUCGACGCCUGAUCAUAUUGUUUUAGUACUUAUCUGUGCAUUUUUUUUUUGCCAUGCAAUGACAGAUUUUUUUUGUGAUUUAUUCGCCUCGAAUAUAAUUUUUAAGCGGUUUUAAGUAAUCAUUAUAAUAUAGUGGAAUACUCGAUGAUAUUUUACGUUAAUGUAUUUUUACAUUCCACUACAUUCCUUGAAUUGUAAUAGUUACAUUCAUCUAGUCUUAAGUUUUUAUAGUAUGUUUCUUAUCAAGACUAUCUUUAUGCCUCGAAAAAUAAUAUAACAAGGCAAUAUUUUUCUACACUGUUACAUAUUUUUAUUCAAUGUUAAAUUGGGGACAAUAAAUUUUAUUUUUUUUACUA